AUGAUGGUGAGGACAUCAAAUGAUGAUGGUCCAAAAUUGAGAGAAGAAAAGCAUUUCCAGGACUUUUAUCCAACUUUGGAAAAAGAUGCAUCUUUACCCGUUGUUAUAAACAGUUCGAAGAAUCAUAGGCAGGAGGAAAACGAGAUAAGUUAUCAGGACGAAUCUCAUAAAGUGGGUCUACGGCCGGAAGCUCAAUUCAAGGAGCUGAUUUUCAAUGGCAAGACGUCUCGAGAACCAUUGAUUAUUGAGCCCUCACAUUCCAGCUCAAGACAAUGCAAAAUUCCAAUUUCUGAACUAUGCGCGCCAUAUAAUAUGUUAACACCUCUAGAAAGAUAUAGGAAGAGAAGUAAAUUAGGUAUUAAUCGUUUCAAAAAACGUACUAAAGUGCAAAAGGAUAAUUAUGUACCUUAUUUAACCAGAUUUCGUGAAGAACAUAACGUUCUAUUAGAUCCUAACGUCAUUAAAGCUUUAAAUAAGAUAUCGCCUCUAUUCAAAAACUUUCAGAUACUGUAUGACAUGGAUGAACAAGACGAGCUCUAUCGGACACAUUUAAAUCUGCUAUAUUCAAGUGCUAAGUUAACUGAAUUACACUUUGAAACAAUAAUAACCAUUCUAGAAAUACUGUGGUUCAAUUUCCAAUCAGAAUUACCCAUUCCAGAUCCUCCUCCUGCACCACAUGAUCAACUUUGUUCUAUUUGUAAUCAAGAAGAAACUCCAAACAAUAAUAUAGUAUUUUGUGAUAGAUGUAAUAUCGCUGUACAUCAAGAUUGUUACGGUAUUAUAUUCAUACCACCAGGUCCCUGGCUUUGUAGAUCAUGUCUCCAAGGAAAAUCUAGAGCCUCUAGUUCACACUGUUCCGUAUGUACAGAUGUCAGCGGUCCUUUAAAGCAGACAUAUUGCGGAGCCUGGGUUCAUGUAUGGUGUGCCAUUUGGAUCUCAGAACUUUGCUUUGGUAAUUGGCAUUAUCUAGAACCGGUAGAAGGUCUAGAAAGGAUACCCAACUCAAGAUGGAGGUUAAAUUGUAUAGUUUGCAAGAUGAAAGGGGGUGCAUGUAUACAGUGUUGUAAUAAAAACUGUUUUGUUGCAUAUCAUGUUACAUGUGCCAGAAAGGCUGGAUUUUUCAUGACCCCCAUCAAAACUGGUGCAAUCGCUGAAAUGGCCCUAGAUUCCGGUAAACUUGAAAGCUUCUGUGAUAGGCAUUCUCCAAGAGGCUGGCCCAAUGCCACGAGUAGGAUCCCUUACGUUAGAGAAGAGAUUGUCAAAGCUAACUCCGAAGUUACAAAGAAUAAGGAAAACUUUGAUACCGUAAUAGCGCCCCAUGCGUUCUCCGAAGUUUUGCAACAUGUUUUCAAGGUAUUUCAUGUAUCAGCAAAAGUCAGAGAACCCAUGAGUUUUGAUUUUUGUAGGUACUGGUCGAUGAAAAGAGAGGCAAGACAGGGUACUCCCCUUAUCGAUGUUUCAUUUGAUCAAAUUUAUGCCUAUAAUUUACUUGAUGACCAUCAUAUACAAGGCAGACUUUCGUUUAUUGAGACUUUAGCGAAUGAUCUUUCUAAGUUAAAGAGUAUUGCAGCAUUAGUGACUAAGAGGACUCAAACUAGCAUUAAAUUAGUGGAAGCAGAAUCUACUUUGAAAGAAGCAACGAAUAACCAUCAAAAAUAUCUGAUGAAAAAUUUGCUUUUAGACAAGUUAAUCGAAACGAAUUCAUUCAAAUCUGUGGAGAAUGCAUUGAAAGAUGGAGAUGAAAACUUAAAGAUUUUAUUGAAAUGUAGAAGUGCCGACUAUGAGAACUUGAAUUCAUUGAGAAGUUCCCUGGAAACGUUAUUCGAUAAUAUAGAACACUCCGCCACAGCAACUAGACUUCUUCAUCAUAGUGCAAUAAAAUUAAAGGAAGAAUUCGAAAAAUUAGCAGAUCCGAAGAUAUUUUCCGAACUUGAAUCUCUUUUAGAAAACGACAUCAAAUCUAUUGAACAAGGAAAGCAACUUGAACCUUUACAAGUUGUUCCUGAUUUGAUGGAAAUGGAUGAAUUGAGUGACGUUGAAGAUUUGAACGAAAGGGAGACAGCCUAUUUGCAUUUUCUUAUUAGGACGAAAAAAAGAGGGCGUCCAAAAGUGGUCCCUCCUCCAUGGGAGACUUAA